ACUAUUCUCGGGAUGUUUUGAGUUUCUAUAUGAUGUAGUUCUCCCGCGACGUAAUUAAAAUGUAGGGUCGUUUUGUCUAGCAGUAUUAAGGAUUCAGUUUUUUUUACAUUGGUAACCGGUGUGAUAGUAUCCUUGUACCAUGUCUCUGGAGGAUCCGUUCUUUGUUGUGAAAGAAGAAGUUGAGAAAGCUGUGAGUACAUCCGAAGGUCUGUAUCAACGAUGGUGUGAACUCUUGGAAGACAACAAUUCAGUAAGCAAGGAAGAAUAUGACUGGACAACAAAUGAGCUGAGGAACAGUCUCAGAAGUAUUGAAUGGGAUCUGGAAGAUCUUGAAGAGACUAUUGGUAUUGUGGAAGCCAAUCCAAGGAAAUUCAAGUUGGAGCAAAAUGAGUUGGAAACCAGACGACAGUUUGUUAGUGAUACCAAGAAGAAGGUGGAAGAAAUGAAGGAGCACAUGGCAAGUCCAAGUACUCGAUCAAGGGAAGAAAAGAGAACAAGACAGGCACUUAUGAACAAUGGACCAAGUAAAGCUCAGGGUAAAUACAGUCGAUUGGACAAUGAGAUGGAGCAGAAUAAUCAAAACUACAUUGAUGAAUCACGUCAGCAGCAACAGUUAUUAAUGGAAGCACAGGAUGAUGACUUAGUUCGUGUUGCUGACAGUGUUGGGGUCUUGAAGCACAUGGGUCAGACAAUAGGCAAUGAACUGGAUGAGCAAGCAGUCAUGCUAGAUGACUUCCACACAGAGAUGGAGAAUACGGAAACCAAGUUAGAUGCAGUCAUGAAGAAGAUGGCUAAAGUCACUCACAUGUCAAGCGAUCGAAGACAAUGGUUAGCGAUCCUAGUAUUAGUAAUCGUCAUGAUUGUCGUUCUGAUUUUAUUUUUCGUCCCGAUAUGAAGCCAGCGACAUCCGUGGGAAAUAAAAGCACUUUAACCUGUCAGUCAUCUCAAAAGUCAUGGACAUAAUAGGAUUCUAGAGCCACUGCAUCUGUUAGUCGCAUGCACACAUAUGUAAUGCCCUCACUUGGUGCUGUUUAUUAUUACAUUACGGGCAGUUUCAAUAUUUAGUCUCUUCAGUGAAGCAAGAGAUAAACUACAUGAUGUUAUACUGCCCCCGCCUUAGGCCUGUGUGAUGAACAUAUAGACAGUUCUGUACCCUUUCCAUGCCCCAUCUCAAGUUUAGCUGAGUGCAUCCAGCAGCCAUUGAAGAAGGACUUUUAUGCAACAAGAUCAGUUGACAGGAAGGUCAUGUAAAUGGCAGCAGAUAAGCUGAUAUCAGCACGAAGCAUUGUGUCUGUAACAGCAAUACUAGCAGGUGAAGACGGCACCUUUUGCUGUUUGUUCAAGUGUUCACUGCCAGGAAAACCUAAAAAUUAAAACAGCUGCAAUUCACCAUUUUUUCUGAGUUCUGAAGAGACGGUGGACAGUGGUUAUUACAGAGAGACCGCAUGAAUCGUUUAUGAAGGUGCUUAACAAGGAACCCAUAGGAGAACUAAGUAUAGUCAUGGUGUAAAUAGAUCUCACUAGGUUAUGAAUGCCUUGUUGAAUGCGAAUCAAUGACCUGCACUAUUGAAACCCAUCCUUGUGUUUGUACAGUUUUGUUUUGUUUUUGCCAAGGGAUGCAUUUUCUCUACACUUUUGGGUUUUUAAAAACAUAAAUGCAUCCUUGAAAUGUUAGAUCUUGAAAGAUGGUUUUUGUUGAGUAUUUAAGAUACUGGGAUGAUGUACAUAUACACACCUGUUUUAAUCUUGAAUGCUUUUGCAAUUAAGUUUACUUUGCAGAAAGCUUAACUUUGUGAAAGGAAAGAUUGAGCAGGUUUCAGUUACAGGGUACAUUUUAGUCCUAAAUUUGACAGGUAUAGGUCACUUAAAUCCAGUCAGUAAUGCAAUAGACAGCUAUGCCUAUCGGUAGAGAGCCAUCACAUGACUAAUGAUGCUUUUUAUUGUCCAUUAACAGCACACAGUGCAGCAUAAACAUACUUGACCAUGUACAGUACACUGACUUGGCCCCUUGCAAGAAAAUUAGGAAAUGGAGUAUACAUGUAUGUGGUGCCAUACAUGUAGUCUUGUCUCAUCUGUCUUGUAUUUGUUAUUUCAAAGUCAUAGUAUCAUACCAAGAUAAGAUGGCAUACAUUUUUCAUCAUCAUCUUUGGCAAGGCAAAAUCAAGGUUAAGGUUCAGUAUUUCCCUGUGUCCCAAGCGUACAUGAAUAAUGUUAAUGUCUUAAACUUGCAGCAGUCCCAUUUAAUUUUUUGUCCAUUUUGCCAACAUAUUCCAACUAAAAUGUUAUGGAAUCUUUUUAACGGGGUUUUCCUGUUGUGCAUCGUCACAAUUUGUGUAGGUACCGUUACAAGUGGAUAAUUCCCCGCAUUCUAAGUUUACAGCCAUACACUUCACAAAUAAAAUGUAAUGUAGCCACUAAUGUCAGAAAUUCCCCGCAUUCACAUGUUAUGUGUCAUGAUUUGCGCCCCCACACCAUGACCAGCCCACCCCUCUGUGCUAUGUACAUGUAAUCUAUUAAAUCUACAUUAUGUGCUUAGGGUUUGGUGAGUGUGUAAAGAUAAAGACAGAGUAAUUCAUUAAUAUGAAGGCUCAGCAAAGACAUUAAAAAGCUGGAACAGUUUCUGUCUAUGAAGUUCCAUACGUAGACACCUGAUAUUUAUGUAUUUUUACAGAUGCAUUUUUAAGAUUAUUAAUUGUAUCAAUAUUUGCAUGUGUAUGAAUUUAUUUGUGCAGGUGCAAAUAAUUCCUAACCUUGAACUUGGGUCAUUUUAAAACCACUUCCCUGUCCCCUAUCUUUACUAAAGAACUAAAUGUUAUUUUUUAAGUAAUUAGAUGGCAGUACUCAUGGGUGUCAAUGCAUGUGUAUAUAGUAGCUUCAUACAUGUAUGGUAUUUUUGUGACUUGUAUUUUCAGGUGAAGUUGUAAUUUAUAGUAUUUUUUUAAGUACAUGUAUAAGCUGUUUGUGAUGGAUCCCUCCAGAUUUGGAAGUUUUGUUUCAAGCACAUUGUUGCAGUUUGUGGGACAGAAUGGGUUUACCUUCACAAAGCGACAUGCUCUGGAGAUAAUUAGAAGCUAAACAACAAUCACAGCUUUGCAGCACAGUGUCCGUAUCCAGUGAAGGCAGCAAGGGCAUUGUUUAACAUGACCCUCAGGAUGUUUAUCGUUAUCCAUCAAAAUUCUGCAAAACUUGUUAGUGGAUUUGGUUCAGUUUGGGACAAGUAUAUCAGCUAUUUCUAUUCAGCCAGUGUAUGCAUGAUAGUGUCAAUGUUGUCUCACUGAAAACAAAUCCAAUGAUAGCAAAUCUGUGAAUGCUAUUAGUCCAAAGUUACCUUUGCAGCAUAACACUUUUAUUUUUUUCUUUGCCAAAGCUAUAUUAUCUUUCAAGUAAAAUGUACACAUGAAAAACAAUUUAGCUUUUUAUUAGACCUUACUGCUUUAUCACCCUAAUGCUUUAUCAAUACGUGAACCUGAAGUAGGUUUCCAUUUGAUCAAUGUUUUUUACCAAAGUUUACUUUUCUUUAAUUGGUUGUCAAAUAAUUUUUCAAAAUUUUAUCUCGCUCCUACGUGUAUUUUUGGGUGUAUUGAUUCAAACCUGUCCGGAUAGGCUGUCAUACUUGAUUAAUUGCAUGUAUUGAUGACAGGAGAUGAUCGGGAGUAAACAAUGGAAGACCGGAAUAUAUACAAACUGA